UUCCGGUUGGAGCUAAAGCUAAGCCGAUGCAGAUACCGGUCGUCGACCUCUGCAGGCUUAACCAGAGUUCCGCGCAACGAUCUCUCAUGCUCAAAGACAUCGCUAAGGCGUGCCGGAAACACGGGUAUUUCCAGGUAGUAAACCAUGGAAUUAGCCAAUCAGUCAUGAAAGGUGCUCUUGAAGCUGCUUCCGACUUCUUUGCACUAUCGAAAGAGGCUAAGGGACAAUUUGCGUCAGAUGACAUCCGCAGACCAGUUAGAUACGAGACGGGCACAAAGGACGGAAAGGCAAGAUCUUUCCUGAAGCACUAUGCUCACCCUCUUAGCGAUUGGAUCCAUUUGUGGCCUGCAGAACCACCAAGUUACAGGGAAAAGAUGGGAAUGUUUGCUAUUGAAGCCAGGAAACUAGCGUUGCAACUGAUGGAUGCAAUACUAGAAAGCCUAGGACUGGGCCCGGCAUACCUGCGCAAGGAGCUCGAGGAGGGCAUGCAAAUGUUGGCAGUAAAUGGUUAUCCCCAGUUUUCCCAGCCAGAUGUCAUGGUUGGGUUGUUUCCCCAUUCUGAUUAUGGCUUCAUUACUAUCCUGCUCCAGAGCUGCAACGGCCUCGAGGUCAUGGACCACGACGACAAGUGCUGGAGAGCAGUCCCACACCAGCCCGAGGCCCUUCAUGUCCAUAUAGGUGACCAUCUAGAGGUGCUGAGUAAUGGUGAGUUCAAGACUCUAAUCCACAGAGUGGUUCUCAACCCCGACACUAGAAGGAUCUCAAUAGCCAGCAUUCACGGUCUUUCCAUUGACGAGAAGGUUAGCACCGCCAAAGAGCUGUUAGAUGGGCAGCAGCCAAAAAGAUACGAAGACAGCAGCUUUAGAGACUACCUUGACUAUCUUCACUGGAAGAUCAAAAACCAGAGGAGCUUCAUAGAUAGCCUCAAGAUCGGGAGAGCUUGACAUUACAUAUUCUUCUCUAGUGGCUAAAAUGUAGAAGACUACUAUUUUUUCUGGUUUGAAGCUUUGAUGCAGGAGUUUUCUACUUUGAAACUUUCUUAUGCGAGGAUAAUUUUCUCACAUGAUCUUUUGAGUAGAAAAGCUCGAUACUCCUUAAGCAUCAAAUGCGACAACUUAGUAGUAGUUUUUAGUUUUUCGAGUUUUUCUUUUGAUGGUGUGAGGAUAAUUUUCUCACCCCAUCCCUUGAGCAAAAAAGCUUGAUACUCCUUGAGCAUCAAUUACUGAAUCACCAAUCUGUCAAGUCUAGAAUGGUGUUUAUAUGUUAUCUAAUGUCUUAUUCAACUAUGCAAGUUGUAUAUGCAGUUAUGUACCCAACAGAGGAUCUGAAACCUUUUACACUCAUUUUGUUAGUCUUCUUAUGUGUUGAAAA